CAGCCAUUUUCACACCCUCUUUCCUCUUCCCUCCUCUUUCAAAAUUACCAAAUUGUUUAUUCUUCCCCAAUUUUCCAUUGUCGGGUUCUUCUGCAUUUCUUAGUCCCACCAACUUCAACUUGCAUCGAUUGACUUUUCUAAUGUCUUCUUCCUAAGAGUUUCUUUAAUCUGAAAUUUGAUGAAAUCAACCAUUUCAUUAAUUUAAUCGUUGAGAAAUCAAAUAAUCUGAUGAUUCUACAUUUCAUUAUCCCCAAAAGCUAAUAAGUAACACCUUCCACAUAUAGAAAUGAUUUGAAAUGUGGGCAAUGUUGGUUUUAGGUUCCACGUAGGACUCACCAACCCCCAGCCCCUAUCCUUCCUUACCAACUUUUUUCUGUGUAUAAAUACCAUAUCACAAACUAAUUAUCACAACCCAGAAAGCGAAUCGAUUCUUUUGCUUUCGGGUUUUUUCAUUUUUGUUGGUGGGUUUUGUGUGGAAGAAACGUCAAAGGCAAUGGGUAGUCUUGGUGUGUUGAGAAAUACAACAAUGGUGUGUGUGCCAUUGAUGAGGCAUUCCGUCGAACAGAUGGUGGGCGAUAUGUAUCAGGCGAAGAUUGAAGGUGCAGACCUUGUCGAACUCAGGCUUGAUUGCUUGAAGGAGUUCAACCCUCAACGAGAUCUCCAGACUCUUCUUCGUAAUAAACCGCUUCCGGUUGCCGUCGUCUACCGGCCAAAAUGGGAGGGUGGAUUAUACGAUGGUGAUGAGAACUCAAGGCUCGAAGCACUUCUACUUGCUAAAGACUUGGGGGCAGAAUAUGUUGAUUUUGAACUUCAGGUAGCUUCUGACAUCAUGGAAAAACACAAUCUUAAUCAUCGUAAAAAUUGCAAGAUAAUUGUAUCUUGUUUUGUGGAUGGGAUUACAUCUUUGAAAGAAGAUCUAAGCCAUCUUGUCACAAGAAUGCAAUCUACAGGAGCCGAUCUCAUCAAACUUGUUACCAAUGCAACCGAUAUUACAGAAUUAUCUAGAAUCUUCCAUUUGCUCUCCCAUUGUCAGGUACCACUAAUUGCAUACUCAACAGGAGAACGGGGGCUUAUUAGUCAAUUACUAGGUCCAAAAUUUGGGGGAGUUUUUGUGUAUGGAUCCAUCGAAGGAAAUCAAGUACCUGGUUUACCAAGUCUUGCGAGCCUUAGAGAAGCAUAUGGAGUUGAAAAUAUCGAUGCGGAUACUAAAGUUUUUGGCCUAAUUUCAAAACCCGUAAGCCAUAGCAAAGGCCCUAUUCUACAUAACCCUACUUUCAGACAUGUCGGCUUCAAUGGAGUUUAUGUUCCUAUGUUCGUCGAUGAUCUUAAACAGUUCUUUAAUGUUUACGAAAGUCCCGACUUUGCUGGUUACAGUGUUGGAAUCCCAUACAAGGAAGCAGUAAUGGAAUUCUGCGAUGAAGUCCAUCCUCUUGCUCAGUCUAUAGGCGCUGUUAAUACUAUUGUAAAAAGACAUAGUGAUGGGAAGCUCGUUGGUUACAAUACGGAUUGUGAGGCUUCUAUAACUGCAAUUGAGGAUGCUUUAAAAGCUCGAGGUCUUGUAAAUGGAGAAGCAUUGCUCCCUUCUCCUAUCACCGGGAAGCAGUUUGUGCUUGUUGGCGCGGGAGGCGCAGGGAGAGCUUUGUCAUUUGGUGCCAAAAGUAGAGGCGCACGCGUUACCGUUUUCGAUAUUGACUAUGAGAGAGCGAAAGCACUUGCUCUUGCUGUAUCGGGUGAAGCAAUACCUUUUGAGGAGUUGUCUAACUUCCAACCAGAAAAAGGCGCAGUUCUUGCGAAUGCAACGCCCAUUGGGAUGCACCCAAAUAAAGAUCGUAUCCCCGUUUCCGAGGAAACCUUGAGAGAUUAUUCCGUUGUCUUUGAUGCUGUUUAUACACCUAGAAAAACCACACUUUUAAAAGACGCCGAGGCUGCAGGCGUCAUCACUGUUAGUGGGGUCGAGAUGUUCCUUCGACAGGCUGUCGGCCAAUUUAAUCUUUUCACUGGUGGCCAAGCACCUGAAGAGUUCAUGCGAGAGAUUGUUUUAUCAAAGUUUUGAUUGGUUUACAAGAAAACGAUUCAUUUGUGAUUAUAUUCUUGAUUAAAUAAUUAAAAAAAAAAAACAAACAGAUCCUGGAGUUCAGAAUCAGACGAAGAGUUUCUGAUGUGGACAUGGGUAGCUGUUCAUUGUUUGGUUACAAUUAUGGUGUAUAUUUGUAGACAGACUUAAUGCUGUACAAACUCUUGAUAUCAUCCCUUGAUUUUUUAUUGAAUAUCUAAUAUCCACCCUUGAUUUUUUA